AUGCCUGACCUCCAUUCCCUCCCAGACGGCUGGUGGCCCGAACACGCAAUCCGCAACAAUGGCCCUGACGCAUUGGUGCUGGAGAGAAUGAAACUGCGCGAAUUGGCUGAGGGAUGGCCUUGUUAUCGCGACGCGUGCGAGUGGGAAAACUUCGCAUCCAUCUUCCACCCCGGCGCACUGAUUUACACUACCUGGUCUGGGAAGGUGUUAUUCACCGACUUCUUCACCGUUUCGAAAACCGGCAUGGAUCGCGGCGCUUUUAUUAUGCACCGCUGCCACGGUAUCACGACGGAUAUCACCCCCGACGCUCGGCGCGCAGUGACCAAGAUGAAGGCCACGAUCACGCAGCGAUUCGUGUUGAAGGAAGGUAUUGAAGUCGACGUUGAGUGUGACUGUCGUUUCUGCUUUUUCUUUGAGAAGGUCGAUGAGUGCUGGGGCGCGCGGUUUGUUCGGCACUGGUAUGAGAAAGAUAAAUUGAUACCGGUAAAUCCGGCUAGGGUGCCGACGAUCCCUGAGAAAGAUUUAGCAAGGUAUCCAGAGGGAUAUAAAUUUCUGGCGUAUUGUCAGGAGCAGACGAUGGGUGUUGAAGUUCUUAAAGAUAUGCCGGGGCAUAAUCGGCACAAAGGGACGCCGGCGGGUGAGAAGCAUGAUCUUUUGUAUAUGCAGGCGAAGGCAUGGCUGAAUGGCGAGGAUAUUAAGAUCUAG